AUGCAGGCAUCGCAGUAUAUAAGACAAUUGUCGGCUCAGAUAAAACAGCACUUGAAACAGUGCGAGGAAACAGGCAAAUUCUCUUCAGAAGAGGCAACUAAAGUUCUCGAAAAUGCCCUUCUUCCGCUUGCAGGCGUUUCGGUCGGAGGCGUCAAAAAGCCUCCCCGCGAAUUGAUUGUGUCUCAGCAGCUUCCCGAAGACCCGUACAUAUACGUGCUUAUUUGCAAGUACCUGUGCAGCCAGAACGCGCUCGAGAGCGCCAGGACUCUGGCUGAAGAAAUGGACGAGGCGUUCCCUGCGCGCGAGCAGUAUGUGGCCGUGCGGGUUUUGAAGGAGUACUGCCCCUGGUCUGAGGAGCUGGGAAUAGACACCAGCGAGAGCGUGCCCCGGACCUCUCAGGAGUACAUGCGGAUUGCAGAGGCAAAAAAGAAGUGCUGGGAGGCCGUGCGCAUGCACAAAGAGCACGCCAGCCCAAACGACGCCGUUUCUGCGAUAUACCGGCACAUUGAGGGCGCGCUGGAAAAGAUGCAGCAGGCGGGCCCGCAGCAGGAGCAAAGAAAAGAGGCGCUGCAGACGUGUCUGUCGGAGAUCAGAGCGCACUUUCUAGAGGAGCACGGCGCACUGAUAUACUUUGAUGGAAAGAUAGCCCAUGUGUACUCAAAAAGGUCCACGAGAUACCGCGAGAUUUUGAUGGUUCUGGGCCUGCUUGUGCACCCAUCGCAGCAUAAAGAGGCCAGGCGGCUGGUUAACGCCCGGAAAGUCGCGAAGCCCGAAAGCCGGAUUUCCUUGGAGACAUUCUACUAUGUUGGAAAAAAAAUGGAGGCCACGAACAUAUCCCCGUACGAAAACGAAAUCGAGGUGGAGUCCGCAGUGCCUUCUGUGCUGGCGUUCCACUCAACAUUCUUCUGUCCUAUUCUUAGAUGCGAGUGCUCUGUGGACAACGCGCCGUGCGUGCUUUUCUGCGGACACAUAAUAAGCAUAAAGGCGCUGGAAAAGCUGGCUGCUCUAAAGGGCUCCGUUUUCAAGUGUCCAUACUGUCCGAAGGACGUGGACAUAAAAGACGUCUUCAAGGUGAAAAUGUGCAUCUAG